ACACCUCCUCUUGUUCAGCACCCAAAGUCGAAGGAUAGCUCUGGCCUUUCAAUUGAAGAAAGUGCCAGAUUCGUCACCGUUGUAUAAUAUAACACAAUUCUCAGUUACCCGUAUUUGCGUUGGGACACUUCGGAAUUACCUUCGUUUGAAUGUGAGAGACUUGAACUGGCGUCAAACAUGCGUAAAAAUCAACGCUGUCCAAGCAGGGAACCGCCGAGAAAGGAAUUAUCGCCGCUCUUCUGAAAAGCCAAAAAUUGCCGAUUAUAUUUUUUUUUUGUCAAAUAAGGAAACAUAACACAGCUAGGUGGCUAACGUUAGCUCCGUAGAUAGCUAACUCGCCGACAUAUCUUCACACAAAAAGCAGAAUUACAGUAGAUAAUCAAGAUUGGAACUCCAUUCGCAGCAGCAGGAAAACCUGUAGGCAGCAAUGGGUGCGUUCCUGGACAAGCCGAAGACAGAGAAGCAUAGUGCCCAUGGGGAAGGAAAUGCACUGCGUUAUGGCCUGAGCUCCAUGCAGGGCUGGCGGGUGGAGAUGGAGGAUGCCCACACAGCUGUGGUGGGACUACCCCAUGGACUAACCGACUGGUCCUUCUUUGCUGUCUACGAUGGCCAUGCAGGCUCCCGGGUGGCCAACUACUGCUCUGGCCACUUGCUGGAACACAUCUUAGGGGGAGGAGUUGACUUCAGUUCAGGACCCAGCUCCGUUGAGGGCGUAAAGGACGGCAUCCGCUCGGGCUUCCUGAACAUUGAUGAGUACAUGCGCAGCUUCGCGGACCUGCGGCAGGGCCUGGACCGCAGUGGAUCAACAGCUGUGUGCGUGUUGCUCAGCCCGACCCAUCUCUACUUCAUUAACUGCGGCGACUCGAGGUCCGUGCUGAGUCGAGACGGCAAGGUGGGCUUCUCCACGCAGGACCACAAGCCCUGCAACCCCCGCGAAAAGGAGCGCAUCCAGAACGCUGGUGGCUCGGUCAUGAUCCAGAGGGUAAACGGCUCCCUAGCUGUGUCCCGGGCCCUGGGGGACUACGACUACAAAUGUGUGGACGGUAAGGGCCCCACGGAGCAGCUGGUGAGCCCUGAGCCUGAGGUGUGUGUGUUGGAGCGGGCGCCUGAAGGAGACGAGUUUGUUGUGCUGGCGUGCGACGGAAUCUGGGACGUGAUGUCCAACGAAGAGCUGUGUGAGUUUGUCCGCUCACGACUCAUGGUGUGUGAUGACCUGGAGAAGGUGUGUAACUCAGUGGUGGACACCUGUCUGCAUAAGGGGAGCAGGGACAAUAUGAGCGUGGUGUUGGUGUGUUUACCUGGAGCCCCAAAGAUCUCAGAAGAGGCCAUGAAGAAAGAGGAGGAAUUGGAUAAAUACCUGGAGACUCGUGUUGAGGAGCUACUGGGAAACUGUGGGGAGGCGGGAGUCCCUGACCUGGUGUCUGUCCUGAGGAGCAUCGCCACAGAGAACAUCCCCAACCUUCCACCUGGGGGAGGCCUGGCCAGCAAACGGAGUGUGAUUGAGGCCAUGUACAACAAGCUGAACCCUCACAGAGAAGAGGAAGGGGCCUGUGCGGGGGGAGAGGAGGAGGAGAGUGAGGAGGGAGGUGGCAGCACUGCAGCUCAUCUGCUGGAGGCUCUGCGGCAGUUCCGCCUGCACCACCGGGGGCAGUACCGCUCGGUGCUGGAGGAUUCCCUGGCCGCCUUCCACCUGCCCGGGGAGGAGAGCACUGCCGAGGGAGCCGGGGAGUGCCGGAGGACCUCUGAGGAUGAAGACGACAAAGACGGCCAGGAGCAGCCCGCCUCCCCUACCUCUCCCCCCUCGCCCCCACCCUCACCCGCCAAUGCAGAGCCGGAAGGCAGCCAAGAUGCGCCUGCCCCUGAGUCCAAUCCCUCCUCUAAAUGAGCAUCUCCCAGAUCCGGUCAGAUGUGCUUUGACCUCUCCUUUUACCUUCAUUAUAGAACUUGAAUGGAAAAAAUCUGCCGAUCCAGCUGUAUUUCACGUCUGCUUUUUCCAUUCAUAUAUAUAUAUCACUAAUACAGUGGAAAUAAAAAUGGCCCCUCCUUCCAUUCAAAUUCUGUCUUGGAGCUUCAUACAGUAUAUCCCUCCCCCCCUAAAAAGGACUCUUUCCUUCUCUUCUCUGUCUGUUCCCGCUGAUCACCUUGGCUUGGAUUCCCAAACUGCCAAUUGCCAGCCACUUUAACAGACUGAUGUUUACAACUGAAGAUUAUAACAAAUUACUAUAACAUGCAGAAGUGGCUGGUGAAGCAGAAAUGAACCUUGCACUCCAUGGCCAACAUUUACAAGUAUUGGCUUCUGGCUGACACCCCUCUCCUCCCUUCCCCCCCCCCUUCCCUCGCUAUACCCCCUCACCUGCUUUGCAGCAAAUGAACUGUCAAGGAAAAGGAGAAAAAGACCCUCUGAACUGCAGCUGUGUUCAACACACUGCUCUGUGUUCAGGCUGACCCUGUCUACAGACUCAGAAAGCACUCUUUUGCGUAUAUGUGUGCAUGUCUGUAUGUGUGUGUGUGUAUGUGUGUGGGUUCGAGUGACCAAGAAACACACAGAUCAUCACCACUGAAAUGUGUGUUUUUGUAGUGGGUGAUUUUUCUGAAUGUUAGUCCAUUAAACACCAUUCUCGACGAAGUUAGGUUCAUCAAGGCAGUCAGGGUAGCGCUUAACUGGGCAGUUGACCACAGGGGACACUCUUGCAGGUGGUUUAGUGUGUGUAUGCUUUGAGGUUGAGCUUCUUUUUGGAUUAAAUCAUUCCAUCAACACAUGAACAUAAUUCCAUGUCACAGUAUUUGAAUAUGCUGCCUCAGUUCUGCACAAGAAGGUGGAAAUUUGUUUCUGGUUUUUGUUUCUUUCUGGUGAAUGUAAAUGUGUGAAGAGGGAAAAAACACGUUCACCAUUUUUAGAUGGAAAUAGUUACAACUGUAAUUAAAAUCGCACUGCAAGAAAAAAAUGAACAUUGGGGUGAAACAUGUUUAGAAACCUUCUCUAGUGGGCAAAGCAGCAAUACAAAAGCUUGUGUUGUUUCCAGAUUAAAACGAUUUGUCCAUGGAACAGAAGCUGUCCUUUUUAUAUCAUGCUCUACAUCAAAUUUGACAUGGCUCAACUUUUAUGAGCCUUUUUUUUUUUUUUUUUUACAUGUCGGUGUUAGCUGUUCUAUUAGCAGCUCAAAUCACAGCCACCGUUGUCAUGGCCUUGAUUAAGACCGUCUACUCCACUGGAUGGUAGACAGUCCCAGAUGUCUUCAAAAAAAAGCUCAGAAGCGGGCCUUCGUGUUGCUCUGUAACAGAUGGUUGGAAGUAAACCAGGUUUACAUUUGACACAAAAAAAAACAGUUAAUCUUAACCCUUGAAGAUUUUUCUCUUGUAAAACCAAAUAAACCUUUUUGAAAAGCACUUCAGAUAAAGUGUUAUUCAACUUAAUGGUGUGUAAAAGUUUUUUGCCUGGUGUUAUGGAAAGGUGGGCUUUAUGCUGUUUUAGAAGCGCUUGAACUGUGGUUUAUUUUUUAUCAGGACAAAAUACUUCAAGGGUGAAAAAGUACUGUUUUUUUUUUUUGUCAAAUGAACCUCAUGCUAACUAUCACACCAACAUUGUGUUGCACCCCACAUGUGCUUUUCUAUUGAAACAUCUGAGAUUGUAAUCCCAUGUUGGCAUGUCAUGUUGUGCUUAUGUAUGCAUAUGUGUGAUUGGACAACGCGGUGUAAGACUCAAAAGAAGACAUGUUUGCAUAAGAACAGUACCGGUUACUUGUUUUGAGCUGAAUACUUGUAUCAUCAUUGGUAACAUGCUAUGAUUAGCAUUCAACUCAAAGCACAGUUGAGUGUAAAUCAGAUGAAACUUGAGCUAAAUCUGACUCUGGGGUGGAACAUGAUGAAUUAAAGAGUAAAGAAUGAUUCACUGUAGUUAUGAUCAGGAUUUUUCUCUUGGUGUUAACACAGCCAUCGUUUGGGGACCCUCAAAAUAUUACACCUUAAAAUUAGCAUGUUAGCAAACCUGCUAGUGCAUAUGCUAACAGUGAAAACUAAAUUUAGUGUUUGGCUUGUUUUAAUGCAAACGUUCGGUAUGACAUGUUUAUCAUGCAAGUGUGCUAAUAUGGUAUUGUUUGUUAUAUAACAUGCUAGCAGGCUAUCUAGGCACUUAUAUGUUAGACAGCUGUGACUUACAGGCUUUCUGAAGUGUUUGAACAAGCAGUGGAAAAGUGAUCUGAUGAUGGCACCACAUCACAAAUGUUUCUACAAAAAUAUAAUUCCAUCUAAUUGUUCAAAUAUUUGUCCCUGAAGGACAACACACCGGAUUAACUGUGGCCAGAUUCUGUUCAGUUUUCUUCCCUGAGAGCAGGUAGAGGAAGGUUGUGUAUGUUUGUAUAUUGCCCAGUAACCAGCGACUCUUGUAAUGCAUGCACUGAACUUAUCUCUUCAGUAAAGGCACUUAGAGGGGAGGUUAUGCUGAACAGUGUGUAUGUAUGUGCGUUUGUGUAUGUAUGAGUUAUAUUUGUAUGCGAUCAUGUGGGACAUAUCAGUCCCAUGCAGUUAAAAUGACUAAUGAACAAAAUAAAAAUUGAUUUGAGGUAUAAUGCUA